AUGCCACCAGUUGCCAACACUAGUAGGCCACCCGUUGCUAACACUAGUAGGCCACCCGUUUCCACCACUAGCAUGCUACAUGUCACCAACACUAGCAGGCCAACCAUUACCACCAUUAGUACUGGCAGGCCACCGGUCGCCAUCACUAGCAUGCCAACCGUCACCAUCACUAGCAUGCCUCCCGUCACAAUCACUAGCAUGCCACCAGUCGCCAUCACUAGCAUGCCACUUGUCACCACCACUAGCAUACCACCGGUUGCCAACACUAGUAGGCCACCCGUUUCCACCACUAGCAUGCCACCCAUUACCACCAUUAGUACGGGCAGGCCACCCGUCGCUAUCACUAGCAUGCCAACCGUCGCCAUCAAUAGCAUGCAACCAGUUACCAUCAAUAGCAUGCCACCCGUCACCAUCACUAGCAUGCCACCAGUCGCCAUCACUAGAAUGCCACUUGUCACCACCACAAGCAUGCCACUGGUUGCCAACACUAGUAGGCCACCUAUUGCCAACACUAGUAGGCCACCCGUUGCCGCCCCUAGUACUAGCAGGCCACCCGUUGUCACCACUAGCAUGCCACAUGUUACCACCACUAGUUGGCCAACCGUUGACACCACUAGUACUGGCAAGCCACCUGUCGCCAUCACUAGCAUGCCACCAGUCACCAUCACUAGCAUGCUACCAGUCACCAUCACUAGCAUGCCACUCGUUACCAUCACUAGCAUGCCACCUGUCACCACCACUAGAAUGCCACUUGUCACCAACACUAGCAUGCCACUGGUUGCCACCACUAGUAGGCCAACCGUUUCCACCACUAGUACUAGGCCAAACGUUGCCACCACUAGCAUGCCACAUGUCAACAUCACUAGCUGGUCACCCAUCACCACCACUAGUACUGGCAGGUCACCCGUCAUCACCACUAGUACUGACAAGCCACCCGUCAUCACCAAUAGUACUUGCAGACCACCCGUCAUCACCACUAGUACUGACAGGCCAACCGUCGCCAUCACUACCUUGCCAACCGUCACCACCACUAGCAGGCCACCUAUCAUCACCACUAGUACUGGCAGGCCACCCUUCAUCACCACUAGUACUGGCAGGCCACCCUUCAUCACCACUAGUACUAGCAUGCCAUCUGUCACCGUCACUGGCAUGCCACCAGUCGCCAUCACUAGCAUGCCACCAAUCACCUUUUCUAGCAUGCCACUCCAUGCCAACCGUCACCAUCACUAG